UGAGCAAAUAUAAUGCAGUCUGGGAUAUCGAAGUUUACAAGGCACAAGAAAACAAGUGGUUUGAGUUGGAAAUUAAAGUUAAUCGAAUCAUUUUGAACUUUUCUAAAGUGUGACUAUUUAAAGGAGGGAUGUCCGCUCCAUGUGAAUAUCUGGAGUAUGAAGUUCAUUUGACAUCACAGGAUAUCAAGGAAGAGCCUGCUGAUGAUGUCAUUGUUAUUGAAGAUAACAAGGAUCCAUCUCAUGAGACCAGUGCUUCAUGUUCACGCAUUGAAACAGAUGUUAAAAUGACACAGACACCACUUGAUGGAGAGCUGGUUGGUCCAAAAAGGAAGCUAGAACCAGAUGAAGGAAAUGGAAAACCAUCAAAGGUUCUGAAGACUGAAGAUGGGGACAUAAAAAUAGAAUCAGACACUGAGACUGUGGCAUAUUCUGUGGUAUUAAAGAAAGCUGAAAAUGUGGAAGUCAAGGAAGAGGUGACAACAGAGAGUGCUAGUAACCAACCAGAAACUUCAAACAGAGAUGGAGUGGAUGUCAAAGUGGAAAUAAAGGACGAAGAUGAGGAAGAUGAUGAUUUUCAUGUGGUGGCUGAGUGGAAGUCAUCCGAUGAAAAUAAAGACAAAGAAAGUGUGGAUGAAUCUCAGAAAAGUGAUGAAAACGUGACAGAUAUGAAGUGUCCAACUCCUGGAUGUGAUGGUUCUGGACAUAUAACAGGGCUGUAUUCUCAUCACAGAAGUUUGUCAGGUUGUCCAAAAAAGGGCUCAGUUCCCCCAGAAAUUGUGGCUAUGCAUGAAAAUUUAGCCAGGUGCCCGACCCCAGGUUGUACAGGGAAAGGUCAUGUGAACGCAAACAGAACCACCCAUAGGAGUUUAUCAGGAUGCCCCAUAGCAGCUAUGGGAAAACUUGUACAAACAACACAGCAAACAGCAAAGAAAUCAGGUCUGCACCUUGUUUUGCUCCCAAAAGAUGACGACCCCUCCAAAGCUGUGUUAGCUGCUUGUAAUGAGAAAGAGCUCAUCCGAUUGGCUGCACAAAAAUGUACCUCUGGAGAGAAUGAUUCAGACCGGGUUUUACGCCCUAUGAUCCUCACAAAACAGUUGGAGCUGGGCACUGAUUUGUCCUCUCUGGUAUCCCAACAAACGCCUCGCAACAACCUUGCCAAGGAGUUGGAAAAGUACAACCAGUUAGAUGCAGGAAGUGUGUCUGGUUCUAAAGGAGAGGAACCUGCUGCUGUACCGGUUGUCAAGGUGCCCAAGCGAGAACCAAUCCGACCAAGCAUCCUGAGGCGACCUACUUAUAAGAAAAGUGAAUCCAAGCCGUCCACAUCCGACGAAGGCACCUCCACCUCACCCAACAUACUGAAUCGUAAGGGGGCCAAACAGCUCAGCUUCACCAGAUUGGGGGACUUAAGUGCUGAAAGUUCCAGAGAUAGUGCAGACAUAGAAUCAGUUAGUUCAGAGACAGAGGGAAAAAAUUCAUCUAACUGCCCCUACCCAGGUUGUGAUGGGUCCGGUCAUGUGACUGGAAAUUACACUUCCCACCGAAGUCUCUCAGGUUGCCCAUUGGCUGAUAGAGCCACUGUGCAAGCCAAUCAGGUUGAAAUGAAAUGCCCAACUCCAGGCUGUGAUGGUUCAGGUCAUGUGACAGGAAACUAUGCAUCACAUAGAAGCUUGUCUGGAUGUCCCAGAGCUGCUAAGCUGAAAAGAGUCAUUGGGAGGGAGAGUGGAAUGGAAGAAGAGACAUUACGCUGUCCUAUUCCUGGAUGUGAUGGGACAGGUCAUGUAACCGGAAAAUACCUGUCUCAUCGCAGUGCAUCCGGAUGCCCUCUUGCCAACAAACACAAAAUACAACGACAGCUUCUUGCCAGCUUAGAUGGACAAGAUCCAGACCUAGCAAAAUCCCUCAAAAUGGACGGAGUUGUGUGCCCCACCCCUGGUUGUGAUGGAUCAGGUCACUCUAAUGGAAGCUUCCUAUCCCAUAGAAGCCUCUCUGGGUGCCCAAGGGCAACCUCAGCCAUGAAGAAGGCCAAACUCAGUCCAGCAGAGCUCACCAAUAUUCAUUGCAAACUACAAAAUGGAGAAGAUUUGGAGAAUGAUGAGGAAUUACUUCAAACUGAAACAGACAUUCGGGACCUCAAGAAAACAAACACUGAUCUGGAGUCAGAAAUGAUCAAGAUGAGGUCGGAAGUGUCUUCUUUAGAAAACCAUGUACUUCAGCAGGAAAAAGAGAACAAUGAGAUAGAAGAACAGAAUAAACAUCUAGAAAACUAUCUGGAUGUCCUGAAGAAAGAAUCCAUAUCCCUCCUGUCAAAGCUCAACAUACCUCACUUUAACCCAGCAUUGGUCACAGAUGAGAAUCUGGAGGCCUGCAUCCAGCAAAUCCAGAAAUUAUGCUCAAGUCAGAGGGACAAAGGAAGCAGUUAUUACAAUGCUGUUAGUAUAGGGGCAUCAGAAAUCCAAGUAGCCUGAGUGUUAUAAUGCUUCUUAUUGGAUGCCUCUUCUGUGAAAAGUGCAAUUUAUGUUAGUGGUUAGUUAUCUGGAUUUUGUUGUAUCUGGAAAAUGUUUCCAUGUACAUGUACCGUCUCAUAUUUAUUACAUGUACGUGUACUGUCUCCUAUUUAUUUAGUCAAAUAUGAAUAUAUUUAAUUUAAUUUAUUGCUUGUAAUUUUUAUACUUUGUUGAUAUUAUUGUUUUAUGUUUUUAUUGCAUAGUAUUUACGUAUUUAUCUGCUUUACACUAAAUCCAGGUACAUAUAAAUGCAUUAUUUAUUUACUACAGACAUUCCAUGAUUGAUUGUCAGAUUUGUUGAAGUGCAAUAUUUAAAUUUACUGUAGUAGGUAAAGAUAAGGAACAUAGAAAUCCAGAUUAUAGAAAUAAACAUAUUUAUAUAUGUAUCAAACGACAACAAUUUACAAUAUUUACAUUCCUUUCAUUAUUACAAUGCCAGAUUUGUAAUUAAAUUGAUACAUAUUUUUAGUGUUUUAAUUUCACAUUCCUAGAGGUGCUAGAUUAUGCUUAUUUCAUAAAAGCACAUUCCUGUAAUUGCUUUUUCAUAAUACACAGUGCAUACAUUCCAGAUUUUAUUCAGGACUGACUUUCAUUUUCUUCAUAACCUCAACAUGUCAUGAUGUGCUUGUACUGUUAUGAUAGUGGUCAAUCAGGACAUUUCAGCUUCUCAUAUGAAAUAAAAAUGUUGCCAGGGUUUACUUAAUACAACUUCCUCUUAAUGGGAAUUUUCAAAAAUGCAAAUGUACUUUGACUUUGAACAAAUUAUUUUUUAGGAUAUAUACAUUUGGAAUGAAUUAACCCUGUAAGAGCAGAUUACAUGCAAAUACAGGUACAUUUAUUUACAAAUAUGCCUGUUUUUACAAGUCAUGAAAAGAUUUAAAGAAAAAAUAUUACAUUUGUACUGCAUACAGUUUUAUUUUUACUGCAAAUAAUUUUCAGGUUGAGUAAUGUAUUUUAAAAGGAUGAAUUCCAAACAACUUGAAAAUGAAUUUCCCUUAAUUAAAGAAAUGUAAAAUUUAGUGAAGGAUAUCAACUUUGUGUACAGUAUUCAAGGGUCUUUCUUUUCCAUCAGAAGAGCUCAUUAUUGAAUUAAAUUCUGCAAGGUAAUCAUUUAUUUCAACACUUUCUCUGUCUUUCUGUUUAAUAUGGAAAUGUAGAAACACUGGUACUUAUUGCCAAAAGCUCAGAUUCGUGUUGUGUGGCUUUGAUAUUUACAUUGGAAACCAGCAUCAAUUUUAUAUUUUAUGUACAUUGUGCAAUAUUUUUAAAUAAAUAUUAAACAUA